AGCGUACUUAGGUUCCUUGCAGCUUUAUUUUGUGGAGAGGUAGUAGGUGUCAUUCCUGAAUUCACUGUGUUUAUCAGCUCCAGGAUGAUAUUGGAGGCUCUUGAAAGCAAUUGGAGAUACUUGGGUUGCUGAGGCCUGAGCCGGUCAGCAAAGGCCAGACGCCGUCACACCAGUAGAGGAACUUAUGGAGAAUCUGGCUGGAUUGGGCACAAAGGAAAUAGAGAGAGUGAUGGUACUUGCAGUCACAAACAGGCCUUUUGAUCUUGAUGAGGCCAUUAUUAAAAAGUUUCCACACCGAUUGAUGGUAGGCUUAUCAACACAAAGCAGAGAAUCUCUGUGUGGCACUGUGGCUGCUGCUAACUGUCCACUCAGAGAGUCGUUGGAAGAGGAAAAGAAGGUUUGGUUUCCUUUCCUUACUAAAAGAGAAGGGAAAAAGAAGAAGUUCAUGCAUUUUUGUUUUGAAUCUAAAUAGACUUUGACUCAACUCAAAUUUAAUGAAACUUAAUCUUAUGAGUAUUAAGUUGUUUGAUUUUAUUAA